GCUGCAUAGAUUUCACAACACAAAUAGUUAUGUGGAUUCAAGAGAUUUUCUUACUAAAGUUUAUACGCAAUUUGAAUUUCUCAUGGAUACGGGACCUAAACAGAGAAGAGAGAUAAAUCCGAGAUAUUCUGCGAAUUUAUUCUCUAUUUUAACAUUCGGAUGGACAUUAGAAACUUUCAAGCUUGGCUACAGCCGUGAUAUCAAAGAUUCCGAUCUUUAUGCACCACUGCCUGAGCAUCGGUCCAAUGUUUUAGGUGAUGCAGUACAAAAAGCAUGGGACCGUGAGGUUCAGAACUGUCGACGUCGCGGGGAUCGACACAAGCCGAGCCUAUGGCGGGUGCUGAUCAAAGUCUUCGGCGUCGAGCUCAUGCUGUACGGCCUCAUCCUUGCAGCCAUGGAGUUUAUCGUCAGGUUGCAGCAGCCGUUGUUUCUGGGACUGUUGCUUCGUUACUACAGCCCAGUUCAAGACGACAGUGUUGUAAGCAACUCCACGUAUCUGGGCCGUUUGUUCUCGUACUACGAUAUGGAGGGCAGCGUGUCGUGGGGCGAAGCCGUGUUCUUCGCCUUCGGUAUCAUCUUCUGUAGCGCCUUCAAUAUCAUGGUCCAGCAUCCCUUCAUGAUGGGAGUCAUGCAUAUGGGCAUGAAGAUGCGGGUCGGCGUCUGCAGCCUAAUUUAUCGAAAGGCUCUAAAAAUAAAUAUUCAAGCCAUGACCGAAAACAGUGGCGGCUUGGUGUUAAACCUAAUGGCUAACGACGUCAAUCGUUUUGACACCGGACCUAUUUUUGCGCAUUACCUCUGGAUUGGGCCUACGGAAACUUUGUUAAUGACGGUGUACUUGUACCGAGAGAUAGGAAUGGCGGCAGUAUACGGGUCCCUGAUUAUCAUAGCCGUUAUUCCGUUUCAAAUAUUUCUGGGAAUCAAUACGGCAUACUACAGGAGAGGGACAGCGAUCAAAUCAGACGAAAGAGUUCGAUUGAUGAAGGAAAUAAUCAUGGGAAUAGAAGUUAUAAAGAUGUACACAUGGGAGAAACCAUUCCGGAAGAUAAUCGACGUCGUGAGGCGUCAUGAGAUAUUCUACAUAAAGAUGACGUCAUACAUCCGCGGCGUCAUCAUGUCCUUCAUAAUGUUCACGUCGCGGUUCGGAAUCUUCAUCACCGUGCUACUUUACGUGACCUAUGUGAACCGUAUCACCGUGGAGAAUGUGUUCUUCCUUACCUGUUACUAUAACAUUACGAAGCAGACUAUGACUCUGUACUUCCCUCAAGCUGUAGGACAGAUAGCCGAAAUGAAUGUAGCGAUACAAAGAAUCCGCGAUUACUUACUGAGUGAAGAAUGUAGCCUUCCUCCUCGCUCUCACAAUAUGCCGCAAGACGUGUCGCCGCCAAAGAAACGAGUUACUAUCAUAGAACCUCAACAGGCAGUGCCAAGUACAAUUCCUGAGCCAAGCACGUCAAAAGACAAUCCUAAAGAAAAAGUUAAAGAGAUUCGCAAAGAUGAGAUCGCGAUACAUUUCGAGAAUGCUUCGAGCAGAUGGCUCAAGUCUUCAGAUAAAGAUGACGUUAUAGAACUGGAGUUGUCGAUUUUCGCCGGUUCUCUAACGACUAUAAUUGGAGCGGUCGGUUCAGGGAAGUCUACGAUACUACACAUGGUGCUUAGUGAGCUGCCCUGCACUAGUGGAACUUUGAACACUCUCGGGAGUGUCAGUUACGCCAGUCAGGAUCCGUGGCUUUUUGUUGGUUCUGUUCGGCAAAAUAUACUAUUUGGCCAGCCAUUCCAGAAGUCCCGCUAUAUGGAGGUCUGCAGAGUUUGUGCUUUAGAACGAGACAUAUCCUUGUUUCCUCACGGAGAUAAAACAGUGGUGGGAGAACGUGGGGUGUCGUUGAGUGGUGGACAACGAGCUAGAAUUAAUUUGGCCAGAGCUGUCUAUAAAGAGGCUGAUAUCUACUUGUUGGAUGAUCCACUGUCAGCUGUAGAUACUCAAGUCGCUAAACACAUAUUUGAAAGAUGUAUCAAAAGGUUCCUGGUGAGUAAGACAGUGGUUCUCGUGACUCAUCAGCUCCAGUUCAUCAAGUCUGUCGAUCAGGUUGUAAUAAUGGAUAAAGGGAAAAAAAUCGCUGACGGCGCCUUUGAUGACUUGGACGAAUCAGAAUUGAAGAUUAUCCAGUUGAUGAACGAGAAUACUCGUGAAGUGCACGAGGAGGAGAUAACGCCGAGUGUUCAGAGCACGUCGGUGCUGAUGCAGCCGAGCACGCUGAGCCUGCACCGGCGACACUGGUCCAUGAUACUCGAUACGAGCGUAGCUGAUCAAAAACCUGAAGCGGAGAUUCAAGCGAGUGGUCGUGUCCACGGGUCUGUGUACCGAGAGUACUUCAUGGCCGGCGCACCUUGUUUCUACGUCGCCAUUGUGGUUCUAAUGUUCUUUUUGGCACAAUUUUGCGCCAGUGCUUGCGACUAUUGGAUCAGUCGAUGGAGUAACGCUGAAGAUAGGUUAUCUGGCGACGAAACAAUAGACGUCCUAGUUUGGGCUGAACAGGGGCUCGGGAGAAAAGACUUUGUGCUCAUUUUCGGAGUGAUAACAUUGGCUACUAUCAUAGUCGCUUUGAUAAGAGCUUUCUUGUUCUUUUCUUUAUGCAUGAAAUCUUCUAUCAAAUUACAUGACCGUAUGUUUGAGUCCAUUUCGAGAUCACCGAUGAGCUUCUUUCAUAGCAACCCUUCGGGCCGAAUCCUCAACAGGUUUAGCAAAGACAUGGGGGCUGUGGACGAGUUACUGCCCCAGGCUAUGAUUGAUUGCUUUCAGAUAAUACUGAAUCUGCUAGGCGUCGUUUUGGUAAUAUUAAUGACUGAUAUCACUCUGAUGAUCCCAAUUGCCGCUGCGAUGGUGAUAUUUUACAUAUUCCGUGUCAUCUACAUCAGAACCACUGGUGCAGUGAAACGUUUAGAGGGAAUCACUCGUAGCCCAGUAUUCGGUCAUGUGAACGCCACCAUCUUGGGUCUGGCCACGAUCCGGUCGUUUGGCGCGGAGUUCCUGUUGGCCGAAGAGUUUGACCGCCACCAGGACCUGCACAGCGCGGCCUGGUAUCUCUUCAUCACCUGCAGCCGCGCCUUCGGAUACUUUCUGGAUCUUAUCUGCUUGUUGUUCAUUAUUUGCGUCACUUUUAGCUGUUUGAUGAAGACUGAUAUGGAUGGCAGUUACGUGGGCCUGGCUAUCACCCAGUCUAUAUCUUUGACUGGCAUCUUCCAGUGGGGUAUGCGACAGUCCGCAGAGAUGGAGAACCAGAUGACCAGCGUCGAGCGCGUGCUGGAGUACACGAAACUGCCGCAAGAGUCCGCUCUGAGGGCUCCUCACGAAAAGAGACCUCCUCCUGACUGGCCUGCAGAGGGCACGAUACACUUCGACAACUUGAGCCUACGAUACUCUCCUGAAGGAAACUUUGUGCUGAAUAGGCUAAACUUUCAUAUCCAACCUCAAGAAAAGAUAGGCAUAGUGGGUAGAACAGGUGCCGGCAAGUCAUCCAUUAUUCAAGCUUUAUUCAGAUUAGCGUAUUUAGACGGCACCAUCAGCAUAGACGGGAUUGAUAUUAUGAGCAUUGGAUUACACGAUCUGAGGGAGAAGUUAUCAAUUAUACCUCAGGAGCCGGUGUUAUUUAGUGGAACUAUGCGAAAGAAUUUGGAUCCAUUCGAUCAGUACCCGGAUGAUCUGUUAAUAAAAGCUUUAGAAAAUGUCGAACUGCAAGUGGAGGGCGAUGAGAGUCCUCUCUACAACCAAGUAGCAGAAGGCGGGUCAAACUUCAGCGUCGGCGAGAGACAGCUGGUUUGCCUCGCCAGAGCUAUAGUCCACAACGACAAAGUGCUGGUUCUGGACGAGGCUACGGCCAACGUGGACGCGCAGACCGACCAGCUCAUACAGACCGCUAUCAGGCUACACUUCAAUACUUGCACUGUGCUUACUAUAGCGCACAGGCUGAAUACCAUCAUAGACUCUGAUAAAAUACUGGUACUGGAUGCAGGUCGACUGAUGGAGUUCGACCACCCCCACAUACUGCUGCAGAACAAGAAGGGAUACUUUCGUAAGAUGGUUGCCGAGACCGGAUCCUCCAUGGCUGCUAUGUUACAUAAAGUGGCUGCACAGAGUUACAAGAACAAGCAGGCUGGGAUUGCAAACAAUGAAGCACAAGUCGUAUGAUUUUUGGUACUGAUAUAUUUUCAUGAUAAUUUAUUUCAAUAUUUAUAUGCAAUUUUAA